AUGUUUUUACGAAGUGCGGAGGUUCAGCUCGUUCAUCAUGGGUCUGUUCCCUCGUGGAAGAAGAACAAGACUCUGGGAGAGCCUCGCACGGUACCACUCGAGGUUGACAAACAUGGAGACGAGCCGAUGAGCAAGGCCGAGGCAACGACUGCUGUCAGGGAAGCUUCAGUGGACAAGGAUGCACUUUCAAAAUCAGAAGGAGACACCAGUGCUGCAGCUCAACAAGCCGAAGAUGAAUCAAAGUAUCCCACUGGCCCAAAACUGUGGCUACUUGUACUCGGUCUCUGCCUUGCGAUCUGGGUAGUCGCUUUGGACAACUCGAUCCCAAAGAUUACAACCCAAUGGCCCGACGCGCUGAACGAUGUUGGUUGGAUCGGAUCUGCUUACUUGCUUACGACCACAUCGCUACAGCCCUCCUUCGGCAAGGUUUACACCUACUUCGACGUUAAAUGGACCUAUUUAUCGGCCCUGGUCAUUUUCGAAGUCGGUUCGGUCAUCUGUGCGGCAGCCACUAGCUCCACAAUGCUUAUUGUAGGCAGAGCGGUUGCUGGUGUUGGAGCUGCCGCUCUCUUUUCUGGAGGCAUGACCAUUAUUGGAUUCAUUGCUCCUUUGCGGAAGCGUGCGAUCUAUAUUGCGUCGUUGUCUAGUAUGUUUGGUAUUGCCAGUGUGGUUGGACCUCUGCUGGGUGGAGUUUUCACUGAUCAUGCAACAUGGAGAUGGUGCUUCUGGAUCAAUCUUCCAUUCGGUGGAAUAGGACUUGUAGCAGUAUUCUUCUUCUUUGAGAACCCCGAGAGAAGACACACCAACAUGACCACCAAGGAAAAGAUCAAACAGAUUGAUCUCUUGGGCGCGUUCCUCUUGAUCUGUGCCAUCGUCUGCCUUCUGCUCGCCCUGCAAUGGGGUGGCACUACAUAUCCUUGGAGCAACAGCAAGGUUUGGGGAUGCUUACUAGGGUUUGGCUUGUUGAUCUCGGUCUUUAUCGCUCUUCAGAUCAAGCUAGGAGAUCGAGCUACUCUCCCACCUCGCAUUCUGGUCAAGAACCGNCACAUAUUCUAUCUGCCCUUCUACUUCCAAGCAGUGAAGAAUACUUCUGCAGAAGGUUCUGGCAUCAGAUGUAUCGCGUACCUCGUUUCGAACACUAUCGCUUCAGUUGUCGUUGGAGGCACCAUUACCAUUAUCGGCUACUACGCACCUUUCAUGUGGUUCGGAGCCGCCAUCUUCACCGUCGGGGCUGGCAUGCUCUACACCCUCGAAGUUGCUUCUCCUGCCGCCAAAUGGAUAGGUUACCAACUGCUUGCUGGUAUUGGUGCUGGUUCUGCAGUCCAGAUUCCCUUCAUCGCCGUACAGGUCGUCUUGGACGAGAAAGACAUGCCCUCAGGAAACGCCAUCGCGAUUUUCUUCAACAGCUUGGGAGGUGCUAUUUCCAUCUCGAUUGCACAGAAUAUCUUUGCCAACACGUUGGUCAAGGAUAUUAUCAAGAAUGCGCCUGGAGUGAACCCGGCUGCUGUCAUAUCUGCUGGUGCCACGCAUGUCAGAGAUGUGGUGUCGGCGGCACAGCUACCAGGAGUGUUGCAGGCAUACAGUCAUGCUGUGACAUCUGCAUUUGUCUUGCCCAUUGCAACUAGCGGUCUGGCCUUUGUCAUUAGCUUGUUCGUUGAAUGGAAGAGUAUCAAGGGCAAGAAUAUCAUNGGGGGUGGAGCUGCCUGA